AUGAGUCUGAGCAGGACCAAAAAAACACUGAUAAACAACACUUACUCUAACUGGCAAUCGGUGGUUAACGGCUGGGCGAAGAAAAAAACUGAGGUGACUGGUGGUGGAACUCCUUCUCCCUUGCCGUGGGUCGGUGGGAUAUUGGAGUUGUUGGUAAUGAGGGAAGCAUGGGUACAAGAACGUGAAACUGCUGAAGGCCUCAGAAAACUGGCAGACGACACGUUACAGCAUGUAGAAUCGUUGGCAACAUUAGGAGUAAAUGUCUCCGAAGAAAUCCUCGUGCAGAAUUUAGAAGAAAAACUGCAUCCUUUGACGGCCGAGAAAUGGGAGGAAACAUUACAUCGUGGAGUUUUUCCUAAGUUGGACGACAUGACUGAGUUUCUGUAUAAAAGCGCCGCACGACUAUCUAAACGCAACCAACAACAUAAUGGAAGCUACAAGACAACGAAAGCUACUGUAUCAAAUAAGUAUCAGGAUCAAUGCAAGGCUAAGAGAAAUCCUUCAGGAGCCGCUGAAUUAGUACAGCGUGAAAAUAUUCCUGUUCCGCCGAAUCUCCGAUUAGCAGAUCCAGAAUUUUACAUACCAGCUCCAGUAGAUUUGCUUCUGGCUUCCGGACCAACACUUGCAUCAUUUUGCCUUGGGCAAAUUAAUUUAUCAAACGAAACGGAUGAGCUGUACUUGCAGAAAACAAGAUAUGGUUGGGUGAUUGGUGGACGUGUAGUUAAUCACACCGACGCCGACGUACCUUUCCCAACUUGCAAUCUUAUCAACUUGCAGCGCGACAUCGCUCGUUUUUGGGAGAUAGAAGAAGGAACUACGGAAUCUCAUCGUUCUGUUGAAGAAAGCCAGUGUGAAGAACAUUUUAACAACCACACUUCGCGGGACAACUCGGGCCGUUACAUCGUCUCUCUUCCCUUCAAGAAUGAGAAAAAGCCUCUCGGCGAGUCGCGCUCUCAAGCGUUAAGGAGGCUAAAUUCAUUAUUUAACAAAUUUCAAAGGGAUCCCAAGUUAAAGGAAGCCUACACUUCGGUGAUCGACGAGUAUUUAAAUCUUGGACAUAUGAGUGAAGUCGAUAGUGAGAAAGAAGAAGGGUUUUAUCUACCUCAUCACGCCGUUAUUAAGGACUCGAGCGCGACCACAAAACUGCGCGUAGUUUUUGACGGAUCGGCAAAAACCAGUUCCGGAUUUUCACUCAACGAUACUUUGAUGGUUGGACCCACUAUUCAGGACGAUAUGUUUUCCCUUAUUCUUCGAUUUCGCAUACAUCGUUAUGUAAUUAUUGCCGAUAUAGAGAAAAUGUAUCGGCAAGUGCUAAUACAUAAAAACGAUCGAAAAUUUCAACGAAUACUUUGGGAACGAGGGGAUCAUAUAGUCACUUUAGAAUUAAACACCGUAACCUUUGGUAUCGCCCCGGCACCCCAUCUCGCGAUACGCUGUAUUCAUCAACUUGCAGACGACGAGGGCCAUAAGUUUCCACUUGGCUCACAUAUUUUAAAACGCGAUCUGUAUGUGGACAAUUUAUUAACGGGAGCUGAAACCAUUCAAGAGGCGCGUAAGAUACAACAAGAAGUGACGCAGCUCAUGCAACUAGGUGGAUUCAACAUGCGACAAUGGGCAUCUAACGAAUCACUAAUAUUACGCGGUCUAACUGAAGAGCAGAUUGAUUCGCAGUUUCAUUUUGACGGCGAUAAAACAGUGAAAACUCUGGGUAUCUCGUGGGACGCGAAGACUGACACUAUAACAUACACGGUGAAAUCACUCGAUGCAGAGUCAGCAAGCUCAAAAAGAACUAUCUUGUCCGAGAUAGCAAAAAUAUUUGACCCUUUAGGAUUAUUAGGGCCAAUUAUUUUAUACGCAAAAUCAAUCAUGCAGCAACUUUGGACAUUAAAACUUAGUUGGGAUGAGUCCGUCCCCACCAGCGUGUACACACAAUGGAACGAAUUUGCUAGGCAGUUAUCGCUUUUGAAUAACUUGAAAUUUGAAAGAAGAGUGGUAUGUUCAGGUUCAAACUCCCUCCAACUUCAUGGAUUUUCCGAUGCGAGCAACAGAGGAUACGGAGCUUGCAUUUACAUAAGAUCCAGCGACAGACAGGGCAACACAAAAUGCCAAUUACUUACUGCAAGGUCACGAGUGGCGCCGUUAAAAACGGUGUCCAUACCGCGCCUGGAGUUGUGUGGCGCUCAAUUGUUGGCCAAGUUGUAUUGCCAAGCUAAAACGGGGAUUGGCGAUUGGUAUCACGUACCUUCGGAGUCUAAUCCAGCUGAUGCCUUGUCUAGAGGUCAACUACCGGAAGAGUUUCUGCGAAACGAAACGUGGAGUGAAGGUCCUUUUUGGUUAAGGAAAGAGGAGGAUGCAUGGCCCAAGACAGUCAUAUCAGCGACAGAUGUUUUACCAGAGACGAAGAAAAUAAGUUGUUUUGUUACUGGAAAUGCAGAUUUUCUUCAUGAUUUCUCGUCAUUUACCAGGUUGAAACGAGUUGUGGCAUACUGUUUGCAUAUGAGACCCGGAACCAAUCGCAGCGGCGGUUUACGACCUGACGAAUUGGCUUACGCUGAGAAGACUAUACUGAAGUUCGUACAAACGUCAUUAUCAAGCGAGAAGGUAGACGAAAUCACAAAAAGGAAGCCUGGAAAACCAAUACACAAACGGUUACUGGCCCUUAAUCCCUUUGUCGAUCAUGAAGGAAUAAUGCGUGUAGGAGGUCGCCUGAAAAAUGCAAAUAUUUCCUAUGCGCAGCAGCAUCCAAUAUUAUUACCUCGGUCGCACCAUGUGACUGAUCUCAUAAUUCGAGAUUAUCACACUAACAACUUUCACGCUGGUAUCCAGACAACUCUGUACAUGAUGCGACAAAAAUAUUGGGUUCUAGAUGGACGCAAUCAAGUCCGUAAAAUUAUAAGAUCAUGUGUUCGUUGCUUCCGAGCGAACCCGCCAGACACAAAAUAUGUCAUGGGAGAUCUUCCAGGAGUUAGAGUUACACAAGCCCGACCGUUUGCCAACGUUGGCGUUGAUUAUUGCGGUCCAUUCCUGAUAAAGCAGAAGAAGCAUCGAAACACAACCUUCGUAAAAUCAUAUGUGGCGGUCUUUGUCUGCUUAGCCGUAAAGGCCGUACAUUUAGAGGUCGUUAGUGAUUUGACCACCGAAGGUUUCAUCGCUGCCCUAAGACGAUUCAUUGCCCGUCGGGGAAAGCCUAUAUCUAUCCACUCUGACAAUGGCACAAACUUCAUUGGCGCUCGGAAUGAGUUAAAGGAACUUUACAAUCUGUUCCAAACAUCCGCGCAUCAAGAAAGAACGGCGAGGUUUCUCAGCGAUCAGGGUAUUAAUUGGCAGUUCAUACCCCCAUUAUCUCCCCAUUUCGGCGGUUUAUGGGAGGCUACUGUCAAAUCGUUUAAACAUCACUUAAAACGCGUGGUUACUGGCCCAAUCUUCACAUUUGAAGAAUUUAAUACUCUAACUAUCGACAUCGAAGCCAUUAUAAAUUCUCGACCGCUUUGUCCCAUGUCCAAUGAUCCUAAUGACCUUCUGGUCCUUACCCCAGGUCAUUUCCUUAUCGGCGACAUUUUAACGAGCUUGCCGGAAGGCGAUUACUCACACAUCCCAACUAAUCGCUUGUCCAGAUGGCAACACAUCCAGAAGGUCCGCCAAGACUUCUGGGCACGUUGGCAUAAAGAAUAUCUCAAUGAACUGAACAUCCGUCACAAGUGGUCUACUGGUCAUCACUCCAUCAAAGAUGGCACCAUUGUUUUAAUCAAAGAAAACAAUGUCCCAUCUAUGCAUUGGACAGUCGGAAGAGUUGUGAAGACGUAUCCUGGUGCUGACGGGAUUGUUCGAACUGUUUCUGUGAAGACUGCGACAAGUACGUUAAAAAGAUGUGUGAAACAACUCGCGCCUUUACCUAUCGAGGACAAUUGUGUAGCUAAAUAA